AUAUCCACUUAAACACACACCCCUUUUCAUCUCAUGCUAUAAAAGCAAGGGCUGCCACUUUCAAAUGUCAAAAAUAGGUUCACAGGGGAAACAGAGGAAGAUGGUAACUAAGCUGGGAAGGAGUACACCAGGGUUCAGAAAGCUUCACCUUCUUCAAGCCCUCGCUGGCUCUAAAUCAGUGAAAAGGAGUUCCAUCAUCUUGGAUGCUCUUCUAUACAUUCAGCAGCUGAAACUCAAGCUGCAAGAACUUCAAAGAGAAUACCUAAACCUACUAGCUAUAAAAAAUGAGUACUUGACUCUUAUGAAACAUACCCAAAUACCUAAGGAGGUGAAGGUUGAGAAGACUCAGGAAGGGCUACUGGUGAGGGUGACAUGUAGGAAAGGAGGAGAUUUGUUGGUGUCAAUAUUAGAGGCCUUUGAUGAAAUGGGUCUGAAUGUUAUUCAAGCUAGAGUUUCAUGCACCAAUUUCUUUGCCAUGGAGGCCAUUGCUGUAGCUCAAGACAAGGAGGCAGUUGAUGCCAGAGAUGUGAGUCAAGCUGUUCUUAAGGCCAUAGAGAGGGGAGAUGGGGAAGGAGAGUUGUAAUUGAAGUGAAGGUUUUCCUUCCUUAAUCCAAGUUGGUUCUGUUGAAGACGGUAAUAAUUAGAGUUUCCUUAAUGGAUGCAUAUUCUCAUUUUCAUUUGAAUGCCAAGAGAUGAAAUUUUAAAAUUUUUAAUUGGA